CACAUGUCAAAUAAGGUACAGACAUGUCUCCCUUAUAUGAACACAUACUGUCUGCAGAGCGGUGUGAAAGUCCAAAUAUCAAAUAACAGGAAACAGUUUUUCAUGUGAAAGAAGCAGAACAGACAUGACCGCGACCCCGCGACGUGAAACAACAUGUAGGCGAACACACUCAGAGUCACGUACGUCCGACUUUAUUUAGACUCGGCUUAACUCCGGAUUCAGCAGAGCUCAGAGGAAAACGCAGCGCCGCAGCCGUCCUGUGAGUGUUCACUUCUUUAUUUUCUGCUCACUGUCAAAUAAAUCUGUUUAUUUUAUUUUUACAGUUUGUUUGUUAGUUAUCAAAGUUACUCGAGAUGUUUAUUUACAUUUUUCUCUGUUUAUCUCAGUUUCACUGUAAAAAAAAGUAACAAGCUCAGGUGUCUCACAGUUUAACUCCAUCAAGUUACUUUAAAAAGACUUAAUUUUGGUCCACAGGUCUCAGUUUUACUGUAAAUAAGUAGGUCACAUGUGUAAUAUGAGUCUCAGUUUACCUGUACACAGCUCACUGUUCAUUUAUAAUGGCUAAGUUUCACUGUUAAUGGAAAAUUAAACAGAUGCUUCACUCUGGCGAACUGCUAUCAUAAUAAAGAAGGUCUCAGUUUUACUGUAAAUGAGUAAGUCACAUGUCUAAGAUGAGUCUCAGUUUACCUGUACAUAGUUGAGGUUUCAGUCCAGCUCACUGUUCACCUGUAACUGCUGAGUCUCAGUUUUACUGUUAAUGGUAAAUUAAGCAGAUGCUUCACUCUGGCCUACUGCUAACCUAAUCAAGUAGGUCUCAGUUUUACUGUUAAGGGUCAGUUUAACGGAGGUUCCGCUCUGAUUUAUUUAAAGGAGGUCCGAGUCGUCAUUUCUGAUGAAUUCCAAACUCCCUUCAGUGACUCAGCAGAUUAAAGUUGAGAACUUCAACAGAACAUCAGUUCAGGAAUUCAGCGCAUCUAAAAGUCUGAUUAUCGUCCUGCUGAGUUUCUCUGUCACACACAACCGGCACAAAAUGGCCGACAGGAAAUAACCAAAUGUUAUACGACCUUUCAUAGAGCCAUGACGACCAAAAUGGACCUCGUCGACAUCCUGGAUGAGAUGAGCGAUGAAGAUUUUGAGCGUUUUAAGUGGUUCCUGGAGGAAACUCACAUCCCGAAGCACAAACUGCAGAGCGCCAAUCGAACCGCCGCCAUUGACCUGUUGGUCGGGAGGCUGACGAUGGACAAGGUGACGGCGGUGGUCAGGAAGGCUCUGAUGAAUGUUCAGAGGAACGACCUGGCGAUGAGACUGAAGCGUCCAGGUUGGUCUGUGUGUGGUCAGUGUUCCAGGACCUGAAACCGUUUAUUCAUUUCAAAGAAUAAAAUCACAGCAUAUGAAAGGAAAAUACGGUGGCCCUGAAGGUCAACGGCAACAAAAGAAUAUUUAAAUGAACAUCAAAUAGAAACAUUUCACAAAAUGAGAGAAGAUUUCUCAGAACACAAAUUAGUUUUAACUAAAAAAAAAAUUGAGUUCAACAAAUUUUUAUUGUAAAAAAACAAAAAUUUAAACCAAAAUAAUUUUGAAACAAAUGAAUCUUCUUUAUUUUAUUCAUCUUUUAUUUAAGGAUUUUGUGACAUAUUUUUUCCAGUUAAUGAGAAUUUUUCAUGUUCAGGCAGAUAUCUUUUUUAGUUCCCUUCUACAGUAUCUGUGUCAUUGACCUUCAGGGCCACCGUAAAAAAGUGCUUAAAAGAGCUUUGAAAUGAGAAAAUAAUCCUCUGCGCUCUGACCAUGACACUCUGAGGUGAUUUUAUUUAAAAAAAAAAAGAUCUUUUAAAUUUUUUUUGUUGUCAUUUUUGCAGGAAAGGUGUGAAAACGAUGUUUGUACGGAGGCCUUGGAUGGGAGACAGAUCUACAGAGAUCCUAAGAAUGUGAUUUUGACUUUGUCAUCUGUGUGUGGUCGAGUAGUUUUGAUGUUGUGACACGUUUAAGUUUGAAUCCAUUUUAGUUUAAUUCUCAUUCAGUUUGCAAGAAGUGAAUAUUUUCUGAAGUUGUUAUUGAUGAGAUUGGAGGAGCGUCUUUCAGAGCUUUUCAUGAGUCCAAAAAUAAAGAUGAGGACAUGAUGUGUCUCGACUCUGAUGUCUUUUUUAACAACGCUUAGUCCAAAU